AUGGCGGAUGUGCCUGUUGUGAAGCAGGGUGGCUGGGGCGAUGAGAGCAAGGGAAAGACCACACGGAGGAACCGCGGCGAGUCGGCUCCCGAGGAAGAUGAGCGGCUGAAGAUGACAGUUCCUGUGGAGGAAGACUCUGACGAUGACAUUCCCGAGAUCCCGGAGCUGCAGGAUCAGGUGGAGGAAGAGGAAGACAUCACCACAAAGGUUGCUGAGGCGCCCACCGCAAACAUCCAAAUGGCGACCAUGGCAGACCUGGACAAGGAACUGUCCAGCACCCUCUCCUUCACACAGACGGACUCUGGCGUCGACCUGAAGCUCCUUAUCAACAAUCUCACACCAAGCCACCUCCUCAAAGAGGAGGACAAAGAAUGGGACUUUGUACACGUGUUCACGGAGAUCAAAUCAGAACUUGCGGCAGAAGAGGAGAAGAGCAAAAAGGACGAGGCAUCAUCAAAUGACCUCCUCGACAACCCAAUGGCCGCCAUCUGA